CAAUUAUACCUCGUUUAUCCUUUUUUUUUUUUUUUUCCUCACACAAUUUAUAUAUAUAUAUAUAUAUUAUAUAAUGUAUCCUUAAAUGCAAACAUUAAAUAUUUAAAAAAAUGAAAAGAAAUGAAACCCACUUCUGUGAAGUUUGGGAUGUGCGCGUCAAUGGGAAGAAGCAUCGUUUUGGUUCUAUUGCUGUUUUCGUGAAAUUAGUUCCAUUUGCAGAGGCAGAAACUACAAUGUCAUUUCCUAAGAGUUUAGAUUUGAGAAACAACAGUUACAUUGAAGACCCAUUGAUAGAGGAGUUCACAUUUCCUGCAAGUUCUGCUCCCUUCAAUAGCUGUCAUGCUUCUACCAUUGUUGAGGUUGACAAAGAGCACUUUGUGGUUGCCUAUUUUGGGGGUGCAUUAGAAGCAUCUGAUGUGAAAAUUUGGCUGCAGCACUACGAGAAUGGCUCUUGGCAGUCACCUGUUGUCGUUGAUGAAGAACCAAAUGUUCCAAUGUGGAACCCGGUUUUAUUUAAACUUCCGUCAGACGAGCUGCUGAUCUUCUAUAAAAUAGGUCAAGAGGUUCAAAAGUGGAGCGGGUGCAUGAAGCGAUCUUAUGAUAAAGGUAUUUCUUGGACAGAGAGAGAACAACUUCCUCCUGGCAUAUUAGGUCCAAUAAAGAAUAAGCCUAUCUUGCUGGAAAAUGGCCUCUUGCUCUGUGGAUCAUCUGUCGAGAGUUGGAAUUCUUGGGGAGCAUGGGUGGAGAUUACUGCAGAUUCUGGAAGGUCAUGGAGAAAGUAUGGCCCAAUAUACGUACAAAAUGAAUCUCUCAGUGUGAUUCAACCAGUUCCUUAUCAGACUGCAAAAGGGACCUUGCGUGUUUUACUGCGAUCCUUUGAAGGUAUUAAUAGAAUUUGUAUGUCAGAGUCCCGCGAUGGUGGCCAGAACUGGGAUUAUGCAAAACCUACUGAACUCCCCAAUCCAAACUCAGGUAUUGAUGGGGUCAAAUUGAGAGAUGGCUGUUUGUUACUUGCGUAUAAUACAAUCUAGGGUGUGCUUAAAGUUGCACUCUCUAAGGAUGAUGGUGACACAUGGUGUGAUGUUUUGACGUUGGAGGAGAAUUUGGAAAUGGAAUUCUCAUAUCCAGCUGUUAUCCAGGCUAGUGAUGGGUCCGUGCACAUCACAUACACAUACAAUAGGACACAGAUUAAGCAUGUAGUCCUUAAACCAAGCUGAUACAAUCUCACGCUGCCAAAGAGAAGGUCUAUUCUUUCAUCAUGAUGUGGCGUAAGAGCAAGCAAUAAAUGGUCGGGUUUUCUCAGCAUUAGAAGGAAGUCAGGCCCCUAUUACAAUAGUCGUGGAGAAAACAGUUUUUGAGUAUGAUGAGAUCCCCAGCAAGCAAAGCAAAUCAAUCAAGCGGUAGUCUGUUUUUAUUUUUAUUUUUAUUUUUACAAAAAAGGGCUUUGUUAUAUGCAUGCAUAUUUUCUUUUCAUGCCAACAAUAUUUUCUUGGCUGCGUCCAAAUCAAAUGCAGAACCUAUUUAAUUUUGGCGAUAUGUAGGAUGGAAAUAUUCCUUCUUAUUUAUGAAGUUCCUUGUAUUUAUUACUUUGCU